AUGUCUUCAUCUUCAUCUCCUUCCGAGAGCAUUCAUGUUUCAUCAAGCAGCUCUCAACAUGCAGAAAGAUAUGUCGUUCUUGAAAGAAUAACGCUCAUACCUGUUGAUAGCUUGGGAGUGAAGCAAAAGAAAAGGCAAGCAGGAGAAGGCCCCUCUGCAUGUCCUCAAAAGAAGAAGAAGAAAUAUUCAGGUACAUCCACUGAAACAAUUUCAAUUUGUGAUUAUGUACGUAUAUCACCAUCUGAUGAACCCCAAACUCUAGGAGAUAUAGAGGUAGACAUAGACCUCACCAUUCCUUCUGAACCCCUCCAAAAUAAUCCUCAAAUGGAUCAAGUUCUAUCUGACAUAUACAAUUUUGAUACUGUAGUCCCCACAUAA